UUUCACCUAUUUUCGUUUUCCAACACUGCACGCUUUUCCUUUCAAAUUUUCGGUAAAACAUCUUUUCACCCCUAUCAAUAUUCUUCCACGUCUCGCUUUUCACUUUCCGCAAUACCAUUUUCCGUUUGACAGAGGUGUUAGUUGUGCUCAUAUUUAUCGCGUGUAUUUCGAUUUUCGUAAAAUAUUCCUCCGGAAAUACAAACGUGAUGCCGUUCGCAUAAAUAAAAUUAGAACUGUAUGAAUUUAAGGAAAAGUCACAAGUGUUUUAUACAGUUGAAAUAUAUUCGCUUCUCGUUGAUUCUAUAAAUAAACGAAAUUGAAUUAAACUAAACAGCAGCACAUCUAACCUAAAAAGUACACAACUAGUGGUUGUUGGUGGCCGAAACUGUGUCAAUGGGCGAUGCUCUCGGUCCCUUACCCUUGGCAUUAUGGGAAGUGAAUGAAAGCUGAAGAAAUGCGAAAAUAGGGCAGAAAACGGUAUAUAAAUGCAUUGAAUAGGCGUAGCAAAACAAAAAUAAAAGCACCCGGCGUUAUUGUGGUGCUCACAUUGGCGAUCGUCAUAAUAACACAAAGUACUCAACAGAAGUCAGAUUCGUAGUUGCUACAAAAACAAAAACCAUAGGCACGAAAUAGAAUCAAUUGCACGUUUGAUAUUAGUAAAAGUCGAGCUAACAGUGAAUAUUGUCGAGCACGAAAGUUGUCAGUCUUAUCGUGACACUCGAACCAAACGCAAGUGAUUAAAGUAGCAAAGAAGUUAGAUUCGUAGUUACUUUAUGAUAGUUCGACAACAUGCGCGCCUCUAACGACUUACAAUCGCCAACCAGCGAAAUGGUGUUAUUGACACCCGCUAGUGAAACGGCGCCCAGUGUUACAACGGAAAAUGCUACCGGUGCGGGCAUUGGCAAUGGCGGUGUUGGUGGACAACGUGAAGGAUCCGCCGAAUCAAAUACCAGUGCAGUGCGCAUGAAGAAACAAUUGGGAUUAUUGGAAGGCGUUGCUAUCAUUUUGGGCAUAAUAUUUGGUUCGGGCAUUUUCAUAUCGCCAAAAGGUGUGAUACGCGAAGUGGAAGCGGUUGGCACCUCGCUCAUUAUUUGGGUGUUAUGCGGCCUGUUGUCGAUGAUUGGUGCGCUCUGUUAUGCCGAAUUGGGCACCGCGAUACCAAAAUCUGGCGGUGAUUAUGCAUAUAUACUGGAAGCGUACGGCUCGUUACCCGCUUUUCUCUACCUCUGGGAUGCAAUGAUGAUAUUUGUCCCUACAACGAAUGCCAUUAUGGGUCUCACAUUCGCCUCGUAUGUGCUGCAGCCCUUCUUCGACAAUGAGUGCAGCAUACCGCAGGGUGCACUACAACUUCUAGCCGCUGUGACCAUCUGCUUCCUUACCUACCUCAAUUCGUGUUAUAUGAAAAUUACAACGAAAAUGCAAAAUGUAAUUAUGUUCACUAAAAUCGCCGCUUUGGUGCUAAUUAUCAUUGUGGGCGUGGUCUGGAUGUGUUUCGGUCACAUGCAGAACUUUGAUAAACCCUUCGAGAACACACAGACCGAUCCAGGCAAGUUGUCGGUUGCCUUCUACUCGGGCAUUUUUUCGUAUGCCGGUUGGAAUUAUUUGAAUUUCAUGACAGAGGAACUGCGUGACCCAUAUAAGAAUCUGCCACGCGCUAUUUACAUUUCAUUGCCAUUGGUCACCGCUAUUUAUGUGCUUGCUAACAUGGCUUACUUGGCGGUGUUGUCGCCGGCGGAAAUGAUUGCCUCCGAUGCCAUAGCAGUGUCCUUUGGCAAUCGUGUGCUGGGUCUCUUUUCUUUCAUCAUACCCAUUAUGGUGGCGAUAUCAGCUUUCGGCGGACUCUCCGUGCAUAUAAUGACUUCGUCUCGCAUGUGUUUUGUGGGCGCGCGUAACGGUCACAUGCCAGCGAUCUUGUCGAACAUAAGUGUGAAGCAAUUUACGCCAGUGCCAUCGCUUGUCUUUUUGUGCAUUUUGUCUAUUAUAAUGCUCGUCGUGAGCGAUGUUUAUGUGCUCAUCACUUACAGCAGCAUAGUGGAGUCGUUUUUCAUAAUGCUUUCGGUGUCGGCGGUGCUGUAUUUCCGCUAUACCCGCCCCGAUAUGGAACGCCCAAUUAAGGUUUCACUUUGGAUACCGGCGGUGUUUGUUGUGAUAUGUGCCUUUCUGGUGGUGGUGCCUGUGUACGUAGCCCCCUACGAAGUUGGUAUGGGUGUGCUGAUAACAGUUAUAGGCGUGCCGUUCUACUAUGUUGGCGUUGUGUGGAAAAAUAAGCCAAAGCUUUUACAGAGUGCAAUUAACCAUUUCACCUACGCGUGCCAAAAAAUGUUUAUGACAGCCAAAGAGGAGAAAUAUGAAUAAUUCCUAUGUUAGAUAAAUACAAUAAUCUUCAAUUAAUUAUAAACCAUUGCUUAUUUAUUGCUAUUUUCUGUUGCUUGAUUUAUAAUUUAUUUUCCAAAAAUUAAUACUCAUUAUUUAACCGUUUUGUAUGUAUGUAAUUCUGUACAUAUAGUGUAGGCAAAUACGAGUAAUUUAUGGUACACGAUAUAAAGUUGUAGAAUUAUGCAAAUAUUUUAAUGCUGUCAAUAUGCUGCUAUUGUUUUCACAGCUUGCAUUUUAUUAUGUCGUUUUAAAGUUUUGCAUUAUUUGUAUUAAGUGUCACAAAAACCGUUUAAUUUAAGAGGAAGCAUAUCAGACCUCAAAUACUUACGAGUCAAAUGUGUUUCUCUUGUUCAUAAAACCAAUUUAAUGCGUUGAGUGCUUUGAGACUAACAUUUACAUUACUUUUAUUCGAAAAAUCUAACAGUAGUUAUGCGCAAAAUUAUAUUUUAUAUUUUAAAUAGAUUGCAGUUCUUUUGUUGUUCUUUACUUUUAAUGUUUUCUUCGAACUUUAAAAUUUAUGUUCGAACGUCAAAAAAAAUUCACCGAAUAUAUUAAAAUUUAUUACGAAUCCCUUAGUAAAUUUGUCUUCACUUAACUUAAAAAAUUUAUUUUAUAUUUUAACACAUUUAAUAUUAUUUGUUUUUUACUUUGAACAUUUAAAUUUAUGUCCGAGGGUCAAAAACUUCCACUAAAAAAUAUUAAAUUUUAUUAAGAAUCGAUGGAAGAAACAUGUCUUCUUUGAAGUUAUAUUGACACAGUUGACUUAGUGUAAGGGCAUUUAUUAUUAAAAAAUGUAUAGCAAAUACUAAAAAAUUUUGUACUGCUUUAGUAAUACAUUUCGGUUAUAAUAAAAUUACUUACAGAUAUACAUAGAGUACAAAUAAUAUUCAUGCCAAAAAUUAACCAAUAAUGUCAACAAGUCAUUCAUACACUUUUUUAAUAGAAAUAUAAUUACUUUUAAGUUAUAAAAUAUUAAAAAAAAAACAUUUUUAAUUAACAAUUCAUGGCAUUUGUUUUAUUUUAUUAAAUAAAAUUUAUUAAUUUCAGAAAACGAAAUUUCGCAUAGUUUUUUUUAGUUGAAGAGCGGGUUCAUUUCAUUAAUUUGAUAAAAAAAUUAAAUUCUUACUUUACCACUAAUAUAUUGUAAC